AUGGCGCGGGUGCUGAUCGUGGGCGCCGGGCUGACGGGAAGCUUGUGCGCGGCGCUGCUGAGGAGGGAGGCGUCCAGUCCUCUGCGCCUCACUGUGUGGGACAAGGCCGGGGACUCAGGAGGAAGAAUGACUACAGCCAGCAGUCCUCAUAAUCCACAGAGCACAGUGGACUUGGGUGCCCAGUAUAUCACCUGCACUCCUCAUUAUGCCAAAAUACACCAAAGUUUUUAUGAUGAAUUGUUAGCUGAUGGCAUUUUGAAGCCUCUGACCUCUCCUAUUGAUGGAAUGGUGAUAAAAGAAGGAGACUGUAACUUUGUAGCACCUCAUGGAGUUUCUUCAAUUGUUAACCAUUACUUGAAACAAUCAGGUGCUGAUAUCUGCUUCAGACAACGUGUGACCCAGAUCAAUUUGAGAAACAACAAGUGGGAAGUCUCCAGGGAAACAGGCUCUUCUGAGCAGUUUGAUAUCAUUGUCCUCACGAUGCCUGCUCCUCAGAUUCUGCAGCUUCGAGGUGACAUCGCCAACUUAAUUAGUGAAUGCCAAAGACAGCAACUGGAGUCUGUGAGCUACUCCUCUCGCUACGCUCUGGGCCUCUUUUAUGAAGCUGGCACGAAGAUUGAUGUCCCUUGGGCUGGGCGGUACAUCACCAGUAAUCCCUGCAUUCGCUUCAUCUCCAUUGAUAAUAAGAAACGCAAUAUAGAGUCAUCAGAAAUCGGACCUUCCCUUGUGAUUCACACCACUGUCCCAUUUGGAGUUACACACUUGGAACACAGCAUUGAGGAUGUGCAGGAGUUAAUCUUCCAGCAGCUGGAAAACAUUUUGCCUGGUUUGCCUCAGCCAGUUGCUACCAAAUGCCAGAAAUGGAGACAUUCACAGGUUACAAAUGCAGCAGCCAACUCUCUUGGUCAAAUGACUCUUCAUCUCCAGCCUUUUCUUGUGUGUGGAGGGGAUGGAUUUACUCAGUCCAACUUUGACGGCUGCAUCACUUCUGCCUUAUGUGUUCUGGAAGCUUUAAAGAAUCAUAUAUAG